AUGUAUGUUCUGGCAUUGGCAUUUUAUAGAUGCAAGAGACUCGUGCUCAAUGGAUUGAGACAUGUGAUUAGUCCAAGGACACACAUCACCCUCACCAGCUGCAAGUUUGCCACCAUCUCCAACAUCCAUAUCUCUGCCCCAGCAACAAGCCCUAACACCGACGGGAUCGACAUCUCUGGCUCGACCCAUAUACAAGUUCGCGAUUCCUUCAUCGGAACUGGUGAUGAUUGCAUCGCUAUUAGCACAGGCUCGUCACACAUCAAUGUCACUAGGAUCACAUGUGGACCUGGCCAUGGUAUCAGCAUUGGAUCUUUAGGAGCACAUGGGGAGAAUGACACAGUUGAAAAUGUGACCGUGCAAAACUGCACAUUGAAAGGUACGAUGACAGGAGUGAGGAUCAAGACAUGGCAGGGAGGGAAUGGAUAUGCAAGAAAAAUAUCCUUCAAUAAGAUCAGAUUCUUUCGGGUCAAUAACCCCAUCAUCAUUGACCAGUACUACUGCCCCACCAAAGUCAAUUGCCAAAACAAGACAUCAGGAAUUAGGGUGAGUGACAUCUCGUAUUCGGCGAUAUAUGGGACAUUGGUCACAGACAAGGUCAUAAACCUGAGCUGUGACCAGAACUUCGGCUGCAUUAAUAUCGUGCUGGAUCAUGUUUACAUAACAUCCACUGUUCCGAAGAAGAAAGCUUAUUCCUACUGCUUCAAUGCUCAUGGAAUACAAAGCCACACCAAACCUGCAGCCACUUGCUUGCUGAAAUAA